UUACCGCUAUUGACAUAUAUAUAUUUAUAUAUGAGCAAUAAAUGUUCCUCGCUACUAACAAGUGGUCUUUAAUUAAUUAAAAUGGCCAAUACACUAUCUCAAUAUCCAUCCACAAACAUGCUUCUGCAUGUGUUCUUGUUCUGUCUAUCAUGGGCACUCCUCAUGACACGGGCCAAAAUGGAGGGAAACACCACCAGCACCAGCACCACUGCAGCCACCGCCUUCAUGGUGACCAAGCCGGGCUGCCAACGCCAAUGUGGUAACCUAACCGUUCCUUACCCAUUCGGCAUCGGUGAGGGAAAAGGUUGCUCCAUUGGCACAUGGUAUGAUUUCAACUGCAACACUUCAUACAACCCUCCCAAGCUCUUCAAAGACGGACUCCAAAUCCUAGCCAUAUCCGAAACCCAAAUUCGCAUUAGGAACGUUGUCGCCUACAAGUGCUACCAUCAAAACGGUACAGUGGCCGAAGACUACUAUGCAUGGGUAGACCUUCUACCAACAUCUCCCUACACCUUAUCGGAGACAGCCAACAAGUUCACGGUCAUCGGCUGCGAUGACUCUAGUUUGAUCUUUGGCUCAUACGGUCGAAACUUCACUAGUGGGUGUGUGUCCCUGUGUUCCAAAAAGGAAGAUGUGCUUGAUGGGUAUUGUUCUGGUAUUGGUUGUUGCCAAACCUCCAUACCAAGAGGUCUGAAGAAGUACCAACAUUUGCUCGGUAGCUUGGCAAAUCAUACAAAAGUGUGGUCAUUUGACCCUUGCAGCUAUUCUUUCUUGGGCGAGCAAGACCGCUUCACAUUCCGAGGUGCCUCCGAUUUUUCUGAUCCAAAUUUCGGACAAAGGAUUGUGGAUACUGUUCCCAUAGUGGUUGAUUGGGUAAUUGGGAAUCAGAGUUGUAGUGAAGCCCGAAAAUGGAACACUUUAGCGUGCCACACGAACAGCUAUUGUGUCGACUCCGACAUCGGCUAUGGAGGUUACCGUUGCAGCUGCAAUAAUGGCUACGAGGGUAAUCCUUACCUCAGCCCAGGAUGUCAAGAUAUGAAUGAGUGCGCAGAUCCAAACAACAAUCCCUGUAAUGGGACUUGCAUUAAUACACCGGGAGGUUAUAACUGUUCAUGCCCACAUGGAUACUAUGGGGACGGCAAAAAAGAUGGGCGUGGUUGCAUAGCCGAGAACUCAGAAUUUCCGGUCAUUAAGUUCUCUCUAGGUUUGAGCUUGGGCUUCUUGUCGUUACUCAUUGGUAUAUCAUGGCUAUACUUUAGUAUCAAAAAAAGGAAGCUUAUUAAGCUCAGGGAGAAGUUCUUUCAACAAAAUGGCGGUGUCUUGUUGAAACAACAAAUUUCAUCAAACGAGGGUGGUGUCGAGUCAUCAAAAAUAUUUACUGCAGAAGAGCUAGAAAAAGCCACCAACAACUAUGCUGAAGAUCGCAUCUUAGGCCGAGGCGGUUAUGGUACUGUUUAUAAAGGUGUUUUGACUGAUCAAUGUGUGGUUGCAAUUAAGAAGUCACGAAUAAUGGAUGAGAAUCAAAUUGAGCAAUUCAUCAACGAAGUGAUCAUUCUCACACAAGUUAACCAUAGAAAUGUGGUGAAACUCUUGGGGUGUUGUUUGGAGACCGAAGUCCCUCAAUUGGUUUAUGAAUAUGUAGCUAGUGGUACGCUCUUCCAACAUAUUCAUAGCAAAGGUGGAAUGUCGUUAUCUUGGGACAAUCGUUUAAGAAUAGCUGCAGAAGCAGCAGGCGCACUCGCAUAUCUUCACUCAGCAGCUUCAAUGCCCAUCAUUCACAGGGAUGUUAAGUCUGCCAACAUACUAUUAGAUGAACAUUACACUACAAAAAUAUCAGACUUUGGCGCGUCGAGGUUGGUUCCACUAGACCAAACUCAAGUCACUACAUUAGUUCAAGGGACAUUGGGAUACUUAGAUCCUGAGUACUUUCAUACAAGUCAAUUGACAGAAAAGAGUGACGUUUAUAGCUUUGGAGUAGUUCUUGCGGAACUCUUGACUGGACAAACACCCCUAAGCAUGGAGAGAAGUCAAGAAGAAAGAAAUUUAGCCACAUAUUUCAUUAUGUCGAUGAAGCAAAACCGGUUGUUCCAAAUUCUUGAGGCUCGACUAGUUAGAGAAGGGACAUUGGAGCAACUUCAAACGGUUGCUGAACUUGUGAAAAGAUGUCUUAAUUUGACAAGUGAUGAAAGGCCUACCAUGAAAGAAGUGGCAAUGGAGUUAGAAGGUUUGAGGAAGUUUACUAAACAUCCGUGGGUUCAUCAACAAAGCCAUGAAGAGACUGUGGGCUUAACGAGUGAAGAACCGGAUCUUUACACAGUCCAAAUGAGCACUUACAGUAUUAAUGAUGGGGAAUCAUCGGGACAAUAUAGUAUGGAUAGUCGGUUAAUUGCUAAUAUAAAUAAUGUAUAUGUGUGUAUAUAUAUAUAUAUGGUAAUGGGCAAUACAUUCCUGAUCAGUAAGUGGUCUUUAAUUAAAAUGGGCAAUACACUCUCUCCAUGUGCAUCCUCAAACAUGCUCCUGCAUGUUUUAUUGUUCUGUCUUUCAUGGGUACUCCUCAUGACACAUGCCAAAAUGGAGGGUAACACCACCACUACCACCAACACCACGGCGGCCACUGCCUUCAUGGUGACCAAGCCGGGCUGCCAAAGCCAAUGCGGAAACCUAACCGUUCCAUACCCAUUCGGCGUGGGAAAGGGUUGCUCCAUUGGUUCAUGGUAUGAUGUCAACUGCAACACUUCAUACAACCCUCCAAAGCCCUUCAUGGGCGGACUCGAAAUCCUAGCCAUAUCCGAAACCCAAAUGCGCACCACGAACGUUGUCGCCUCCAAGUGCUACAAUCAAAAUGGUUCAGUGGCCGUAGACUACUAUGCAUGGACAAACCUUCUACCAACAUCCCCCUACACCUUCUCCGAGACGGCGAACAAGUUCACUGUCAUCGGCUGCGAUGACACAGCUUUGAUCUCGGGGUCAUACAGUCGAAACUUCACUAGCGGGUGUGUGUCCCUCUGUUCAAAAAAGGCGGAUCUGCUUGAUGGGUUUUGUUCAGGCAUUGGUUGUUGUCAAACCUCCAUACCAAAGGGUCUAAAGAUGUACCAGCAUUCGCUUGGUAGCUUGAGAAAUCAUACGACAGUGUGGUCAUUUGACCCUUGCAGCUAUUCUUUCUUGGGUGAGCAGGACCGCUUCACAUUCCGGGGUGCCUCCGAUUUUUCUGAUCCAAAUUUCAUACAAAGGAUUGUGGAUACAGUUCCUAUAGUGAUUGAUUGGGUAAUCGGGAAUCAGAGUUGUGGUGAAGCCCUAAAAUGGAACACUUUAGCGUGCCAGAAGAAUAGCUAUUGUGUUGACUCCGACAUUGGCUAUGGAGGUUACCGUUGCAGCUGCAAUAAUGGUUACGAGGGUAAUCCUUAUCUCACUCCAGGAUGUCAAGAUAUCAAUGAGUGCUCAGAUCCAAACAACAAUCCCUGUAAUGGGACUUGCAUUAAUACACAGGGAGGUUAUAAUUGUUCAUGCCCACACGGAUACUAUGGGGAUGGCAAAAAAGAUGGGCGUGGUUGCAUUGCUGAGAAUUCACAAUUCCCAGUCAUUAAGUUCUCUCUAGGUUUGAGCUUGGGCUUCUUAUCGUUACUUAUUGGUAUAACAUGGAUAUACUUUACUAUCAAAAAAAGGAAGCUUGUUAAGCUCAGGGAGAAAUUCUUUCAACAAAAUGGUGGUGUCUUGAUGAAACAACAAAUUUCUUCCAAUGAGGGUGGUGUCGAGUCAUCAAAAAUCUUUACUGCACAAGAAAUGAAAAAGGCCACCAACAACUAUGCUGAAGAUCGCAUCUUAGGCCGAGGUGGUUAUGGUACUGUUUACAAAGGUGUUUUGACUGAUCAACGUGUGGUUGCAAUUAAAAAGUCACGAAUAAUGGAUGAGAGCCAAAUUGAGCAAUUCAUCAAUGAGGUGAUCAUUCUCACACAAGUUAAUCAUAGAAAUGUGGUGAAACUCUUGGGAUGUUGUUUGGAGACCGAAGUCCCUCAAUUAGUUUAUGAAUAUGUUGCUAGUGGUACCCUCUUCCACCAUAUCCACAGCAAAGGUGGAAUGGCGUGGUUAUCUUGGGAUAAUCGUUUAAGAAUAGCCGCAGAGGCUGCAGGUGCACUUGCGUAUCUUCACUCAGCAGCUUCAAUGCCCAUCAUACACAGAGAUGUUAAGUCUGCUAAUAUACUAUUAGAUGAACAUUAUACUACAAAAAUAUCUGACUUUGGUGCGUCGAGGUUGGUUCCAUUAGAUCAGGCUCAAGUGACGACACUAGUUCAAGGGACGUUGGGAUAUUUAGAUCAUGAGUACUUUCAUACAAGUCAGUUGACAGAAAAAAGCGACGUUUAUAGUUUUGGAGUGGUUCUUGCAGAACUCUUGACCGGACAGAAACCGCUAUGCAUGAAGAGAACCCAAGAAGAAAGAAAUUUAGCGACAUAUUUCAUUAUGUCGAUGAAGCAGAACCGAUUGUUCCAAAUUCUCGAGGCUCGAGUGGUAAGAGAAGGGACAUUGGAACAGCUUCAAACAAUUGCUGAGCUUGUGAAAAGAUGCAUUAAUUUGACUAGUAAAGAAAGGCCUACCAUGAAAGAAGUAGCAAUGGAGUUAGAAGGUUUGAAGAAGUUCACUAAACAUCCAUGGGUUCAUCAACAAAGCCAUGAAGAGUCCGUGGGCUUAGUGAGUGAAGAACCAGAUCUUUACACAGUGCAAAUGAGCCUAUAUGGUAGUAAUGACGGGGAAUUAUCGGGACAAUAUCGUUCGGAUAGUUGUUUGAUUGCUAAUGGAUGAAUAAUUCACUUGUAACAAAAUCAUGAAGUUUUUGUAUGCAACUUUUUUUUUUUUUUUUUUUAAAUUUCUUUUCUGUUUCCAUUUGUCAGUUUUAAUUGGUUGCUACUUUUUAAAUGGUGAGGCUGGUAAGACUUUUAUUUUAUAAAUUUUCUUUCAAUUAUUAAUAUUUUGUGAUGAUCAUAAAGAUGAUGAAAUGUCAUUUUUCUAGGUGCUGUUUGAUAAAAUUGAAAAUUAAGUAAUAAA